ACACACACACACACACACACACACACAAAGAUAAUACGUGUGGAGUGGUUUGAUGGGUGCACUGAAGCCAUGGUUAGUGUGGAUCAUCCUGGUCCGAGGUGAACGUGUCUGUCUUAAUCCCUCACCUGCAUUUCAAUUUUUUCACUUCACGAUGCAAUGGAUGAUGCAGGGGUUCAUGUUGGUAAUAGUGAUGGUGGGUAGAAGUACCUGCUGCCAGUACUGGUGCAAAACUCCACCACCGCAGGACACUGCCUACUGCUGCAGCCUGCCAGAUCGAGUCUACCCUGCUCCUGAAGUGCAUUCUGGCAGUUGUCCUCCAGCUCGCAAAGUAUGCCCCAGGAUACAGCUUCCCGAGGUGUGUCCCCAUGACGGCGCAUGCCCCCAAAACCAGAAAUGUUGCUGGGAUGUAUGUCUUGAGCUCCACACUUGUAAACCAAGCCACAAAAUUCCUGUGGAGCUUCCAAAAUUCCCAAGUGUGGCCCAUUUGGCUCGGUCUGAUGUAAGUGGCAUCGAGUAAAGGGCUGAGCCUUAAAAUAGUAUCCAUGCUUAGUGAUAAUCAAUGAACUUAUAAGUUUGACUGAAUAUUUUUUUCAAUAAUAAAGAACUGUCUUGGUAGUACAGUACAAAUAUUUACCUUAUAUUAUUAUUAUAUGCAUUAUCAAAAUAACAACUGUAUGUGGAUCAUAAAAGUAAACUUACCUUCGAUAUUCAGUUGACAGAAAAUGCAAAAAAUUUUGCUGGCUUCAGAUUGAUUUGUAGUAUGUUUAUUUUAGGCAUAAUGUUUCCAUAUGUGCCCUACUAUUUUAGCCUAAUAAAUUUUGUUAAAUUCA